AUGGCCUCACUGAGCACAGCUACCACUAAACCAUCUUUUGUGCGUCUGGACGCAGCGGAAGCAUCCACGACGCCACAGAACCUUGUCGCAGCCAUCAAACGUGACGGCGGCGUGAUUGUUGAGAACCUUAUAUCUCGCCAGUUAGCAGAGCAGAUCAGAGCAGAUCUCAAACCCCAUUUUGACUCUGAUAUUCCAGACUUGUCUGGAUUCUUCCCUGUCACAACCCAGCGAGCAACUGGUUUAUUUAAUGUUUCUGAUGCGUGUGUUGAACUUGCCUGUAACCCCCUCUACAUCGAUGUUGCGAAUGAGCUUUGCUCUUCGUCGCUGACGUAUUGGGAGCGGGAGAAGAGGAUUACUGUGAGCGGAAAGCCUAUUGUUUCGUCCACUGUGGCGUUUCGGGUUAAUCCUGGUGGCAAACAGCAGGUUCUGCAUCGAGAUGAUGAUGACUACCAUCCCCACGACAAAGAGCUCCCAGUCAUGAUUGGCUGCGUGACGGCUCUCACCAGAACCACCAGAGAGAACGGUGCCACGAUCGGCAUUCCGGGAUCGCAUCUCUGGGAUAGUGAGCGACGACCAUAUGACGAGGAAGCUGUGCCCGCAGAACUUGAACCCGGCGACGCCUUCAUUUUUCUAGGCAACCUCUACCAUGCUGGCGGACAGAACAUCACCCAAAACGAGUAUCGCGAGACAGUAGGUAUCUUCCUCUGCAAGCCGACUCUUCGCCCUGCGGAGAAUCAGUUCCUCAUGGUACCAUUGGAGCGAGCGAGGCAGCUCACACCGCAAGCGCAAAGAUUGCUUGGCUAUGGCGUUUGUAAGCCAUCGUUGGGAUUCAUGAACUACCAAGACCCAAUGAAGGUGUUGUUUGGAGUGGAGGACGAAGAGACAGUGCUCAUGUAAAGUAAUCCUCCUAUGAUCAGAACACAAUAAAUGGGCUUAUCCGCUCCUCGUUGUCUCUCGCAUACUGUAUCCAGUUUUGAGUCGACCCAGCUGCUGUUGCGUUCCAGAAGUCUCUCAAAAAUUGCAAUACUGCCGAAUUACAGGAGAAUCCUGUCGCGGCUAUGUUUUCGGUGAAAAGCCUCUCGAUCAUGACUUGCUUCUCGGUGUAUAACUGACUAGCUGUUCCAAGU